AUGGACUUAUUUAAGAACCUACAUCCACAUUCAUCCUUUUGUUUCUCUCUCUCUCUCUUUCAGUCUCUCUCUUUUUCUCUGCUGCACCCUCUUUCUCUUUUUCUCUUCUGCUCUCUCUUUUUUGUCUGUUGUUCUCUUCUGAUCACUUUUUCUCUUUUGCUCUCUUUCUAUCUCUUUUUAUUUGCUCCUGCUCUCUCUCUCUCUUUCUCUGCUGCUUCCCUCUCUCUCUCUCUUUCUCUGUUGCUUCCCCCCUCUCUUUCUCUGUUGCUUCCCCCCUCUCUUUCUCACUUUUUCUCUGCUGCUGCUGCUCUCUCUUUUUCUCUACUGCUCUCUCUCUCUCUCUUUUCACUUGCUCUCUACUGCUCUCUCUCUCUCUUUUCUCUACUCUCUCUGCUCUCUUUUUCUCUCUCUCUUUCUCUCUCUUUUUCUCUCUCUCUCUCUCUUUUUCUCUACUGCUCUCUCUCUCUCUUUUUCUCUACUGCUCUCUCUCUCUCUCUUUUUUCUCUACUGCUCUCUCUUUCUUCUUUUUUCUCUACUGAAAUCUCUCUCUCUUUUGUCUCAAUUCCUCUCUCUCUCUCCAUUCAGAUUUCAUUGCUCUCUUCACUCUCUUUUUCCUCCCUUACUUUUGAAAAUUAUUUAUGGAGUCUCUCUCUUUUUUUUUUUUUUUUUCUCUUUGUGUCAUUUUCUUCACUUUCUCCCCUGUUUUUCUCUCUUUCUUUUCUUAAGGAGAAGGAUGAUAAUUUAAAAAUGUUACUCUCUUUAAUUCGCUAUCUCAAGACUCUCUUUUUUUUCUUUCUUUCUUUGAAUUUAAAUUCAAUUCUCUCUGUUACUCUUUUUCUCUACACUCACCAUUUGUUUCAUUGA